GUACGUCAGUACCUCAAUAGAUCUCAAGCGAGCUAGUUCAGUCAGCUGCCCAGCGAAAAUUUGUAUUCACUUAGACAUAUUGUAUAAGUAUAUAUGGUACAUAUGUACAGAAUCAGUGACACUUGAGUUUUAUAGAAUUGCAGAUGUGACUUGUGUCAUAAUUGUCUGAAAAUACACACACACACACACACACAUAGGAUAUAAAAACAUAUAUUUGUGCAUAGUGCGUUUCAAGAUCAUGUACAUUUAUCCAAGUUCGCCUGAAUCAGCCUCGUCUCUGCAGUCGGAAGAAAGUGCCGCCAUUAAGAUACAAGCUAAUUUCCGUGGUUAUCGCGUGCGCAAGCAGCUUCAUCGCACGACCAAGCCAUCCAAUAGCAACGGAUAUCUGUCUACGCAAAGUAAACCAAAUCUACUAGCCGCACGACGUCAGCAACGUCAGCAACGCACCCACGCCAAAAACAUGAUGGAGGACAAACCAAAAAACGCCAAUAGGGCCGUUGAUGGCCAGCGCGUUGACGGAGCUGUUGAUGCGAAUGUGACGUCAGUGGAAGAUCGCUGUGCUACCAAAAUACAGGCGGGAUUUCGUGGAUUUCUCGUGCGUAAAAAGCAGAAAAUUGCCACAGAUGCUGCCGUUAAAAUACAGUCGAGUUUUCGUGGUUUCAAGGCACGCAAAGAAGCAGAGAAAUUAAAGAAACCAUAAUUAGAAUAAUCAUAGCAAUAGAGACAUGCGCUCCACACCUAGAUAUACACAUAAUUCGUAAAGUGUUUAUGAGAUGAGCAUGAAGCACUUUACAUACAUUCUAAUUUUGUAUGUGGAGCCAUACAUACCUACUAUGCUACUAUAUACAUAACAUACAUACAUAUUUAGA